UAAUUAUGGGAAGCCUCAUUUUGUAGGGUUUCAAGCACUUGCCUGCCCCCAUUGCAGCAGGGGGGAGAAGAGGGGCUCACAUUUACAGAUAGAUAAAGCUCAUAGCUUGCCUGUCUUCCUCUCAAUGUACAGUUAAUUUCAUACAUUUUGGUAUGUUUUCUUAGCUUUCUCAUUCUUUCUUGGGUUCUCUGAUAAGAAAGAUUGCAACUUUCUUCUUGUUAAUUUGGUGGGUGCCUGUUGAUUUUUGUUGUCUCUUACUUUUUUUUGGAAUGGUAUGAGUCUUUUUUUGGGGAGCUUCAAGAGGAAGAUAGAGUGAAUAGUGAUUAGAGUAGUUGAGGUUUUGGUUUUAGGGAAGAGGGAUUAGUUAUCAUCAUCGUAGUGUUUGAUGGUGAUAAUGAUGGUGGAAAUGGCACUAUGAGUCUUUUGACCGGGGAAAAAGAGCUGAGAUAAAGCUCAAAAAAGAAGAAAAGAUGUCCCCCUCGAUGUCCAUUUGUGAUUGCAGUACUAGUGUUUGUCAAUUACAGGGAAAGUGAAAGACAGAGAAGACAAAAGAGUGAGAGACCCUCUUGCUCUCUUCCUUCUUUCUUUUCCUCUUUUUUAUCCACACGCUUCGUGUCCCGCCAUAUGUGUGUUGAAGAAGACUGUUUCUUGUUUCUAAAUUUAAAAGCUCUGCUCAAGUUUUAGUCCUAAUUCCAAAAAAGGGUGUGUUUAAAAAAAUGCCUAUGUAUGAGCCAUCUAUGGGGAGGAGGGAGGUGGGUGGACAGGUGUUGGAUCUGGAUACUGCUGUCAAAGAUGGGAUUUUGGGAGGGGGAGGUGGUGGUGGGGUGGUUUCUGGGGUUGGUAUUUCAGAGAAGAAGAUUAGUCUGAACAAAAUGAUUGAAGAACUUGAUUCGAUUGAGGUGCCCUGUGUGUUUAUCUGCCCAAUUUCCUUAGAGCCAAUGCAAGAUCCUGUGACCCUUUGCACAGGGCAGACCUAUGAGAGGUCCAACAUUCUCAAAUGGUUGUCUUUGGGGCGCCUCAUUUGCCCGACUACAAUGCAGGAGCUGUGGGAUGAUUCGAUCAUCCCAAAUAGUACUCUACACCACCUGAUUUACAGUUGGUUUUCCCAGAAGUACUUGGCUCUGAAGAAGAGGUCAGGGGAUGUGCAGGGAAGAGUCUUGGAGAUUUUGGAGACUUUGAAGAAGGUUAAGGGUCAGGCUAAAGUUCAGGCUUUGAAAGAGUUGAGGCAAGUCGUCACUGCCCACGAUUCAGCCAGGAGAACGGUGGUCAGUAAUGGCGGAGUUACUUUGAUUAGUUCCCUAUUGGGCGCCUUUACUACGCAUGCUGUUGCCUCGGAGGUGGUUGGGAUUUUGGUGCACUUGGAUCUUAGCCCAGAUGCCAAGGCCAAUUUGACACAGCCAACCAAGAUUUCGCUAGUGGUGGAUACGUUGAACGAGGGGUCAGUUGAUACGAAGAUCAACUGUACAAAAUUGCUUGAUAUGUUGAUGGAAGAGAAGGGCUCCGACUCCUCCGAGUCACAAAUUGUGUCAAGUUUGAGUCUUUUGGUCGGGUUAUUGAGAUUAGUGAAGGAUAAGCGACACCCAGUUGUUGUCUUGGCUGGUCUCAGGUUGCUCGUGAUAAUGUCCUCAUACGAAUCAGUGAGGGCCUCGAUUGUGAGUGUUGGGGGUAUCCCUCAAUUGGUGGACGCCUUGCCCAACUUGAAUGCUGAAUGCUUGAACUUAGCCCUUCAUAUUCUCGAGGUUCUUUCAACACUUCAAGAAGGUGCAUUGGCUCUAAAGGAUUGCCCUAGGACCAUCCCGAACGUUGUGAAAUUGCUGAUGAAAGUUCCCGAGAACUGCACUCAACUAGCGUUAUCAAUCUUGUGGGCAGUCUGCAAGCUCGCCCCCGAGAAAUGUGCUUCACUCGCUGUUGAGGCGGGCCUAGCUGCAAAGCUCCUUCUUGUAAUUCAAAGCGACUGCAAUCCAGAGUUGAAGCAACGGUCCGCAGAACUAUUAAAGCUCUGCAGCCUAAAUUACACCGCAACUAUUUUCAUAUCCAAGUGUAAACUUUCGAGAACAAUAGAAUGAAGUGAAUUAAUUGGUUUGUUAUUCGUACACAGCUUUUCCCUUCUGCCCAGACGCCCCGGUUGCUAUGGCUUCCAUUCUUUCAUAUGCUUGAAGACAUGAUCUCAAUCUAGACAUCUAGUUCUCUCUUCAUAGGCAAAACUGUUCAUUGGCAUUAGUCGUAUAUACUGAACCUUUCCAAUAAUCUUGGCUAACUAAUGUAGCCCAUGAUUGCCUUUCCAAUGUAACAUCAAGAUUCAAGGAAUACAACUCCAAGGUCUAAUAUGAUGUCUUUGUACUCUUUCUGGGCUAUCCCAUACCAGAAUCUAUCCAAUUAUUCUCACCGGGGGUUCCAAAAUUUCAUAAUUGUAAAGAUUGCUAUCUGUAAGUUCUUCAGUUUCUUUAGAUAUAAAGUCAACAAGUACAAUUGAUUCUUUAUUUCUCUACAA